UGCUUUGAUCUCUAAUCCUACACUACUUUAAGAUCAAUCUGUGCUUUUAUGCUUUUGGAGAAAGCUAAAAAUCUGCAUUUAAAGUGCAUGCUAGCCACACAAACUAUUUUCUAACAUGAAAAAAAAUCAAUAGUCCCUGCUGUUAUCAGCAUUAACGUCUAAACUUCAACAGUUUAUCACCAGCAGUUUCAUGAGUCUGCAGUGUUUCUACACACCCCAUGACUUUUGGGUUAAAUCCAACCAAGCCAGAUUUGAAAUCCCAGCAAAUUUUAUUAUUUCAUUCAAGAAACCACAAAGAUGCUUAAAGGCCUAAUAGAUGAAGAAAAAAAUAGUCAAAAAACAGUUAUCUGUUAUUAGUGAUUAUGAUUUGAUUUGGUUUUCCGCCAAAGGGCAAACUGCUGGUGUGUCCCUUUUCUGUGGUUCUUGAGGUAAAUGCCUCAAAAAUGGGGUUUGUGGUGCAGCAUCACAGCGCAAAGAUCCAAAACAAUGUCGACUAUCUUCUACAGAGCAUUGCAGAAUUAUUAUUUAACCUAUGCAGAAAGUUUAUUGGGGUUUUGUUUUCUUUUUUUGCAGCCUUGAGAAAUAUUUAGCAAGCAUUAUUUUAUAAAACAUGAACUAAUGUGUUGCAGUUUAGCAACAUGAAAAUUAUUUAAAAAUGAAUUUAAUCCCUUUGGUCUCUAAUGUUUGGAAGCAGGUUUUGUAAUUUUCCAGUUGACCCUUGGCUAAAACCCUGAAAUAUGUUUAAAAGUCCUGAGAUGGUUGGAAAGAAUUCAAUCUGGCUGGACGAUAUGCUACUUGGAAAAAAGUCUAUUUAGGAGAUGGUGAAUGUGGUUAAACCAGAUGGUGGUUGGAACACGGCAUUGAUUUUACAUACAAUAUUGGGUGAAGCUUUCUUCAGUUCUGUGCUUUGAUUCAUACGUUAUGUACAUUCAAUUAAAAUCUUUAUACAAUUUUUUGACAGCUUUUUAAUCUGAUAAAAUGAUAAAUGUUUGAUCAUGUGGUUGCUCAGCAACAAGCUUUAGGCUGCCUAACGCCAGCUGAUCGUCACAUUUCAGCUGCCUCUGAUUGUCAGUUCCAAUCGUCCACCUCUAUUCCUGUCUCAACUGUAUGAGUCUUCUGCGGAGAACUACUACCAUCUUUAUCAGACCACGGACCAGUUUCAUGUCAGACAAUAUUUUCACGGUUUGGCCUGUAUUAGGCUGAAGUGGGCUUCCCAUUUUGAUUCUUUUAGCCUCCAUUUUAUUAUCAUCGUCUGACAAAUAUUUGCAGCUGGUUUCAGUUGUAUUUGUUAACUAGACUUUGUGUAGAAAUCAUUUACUUUCUUCCACUCAUCUGAAACCGGGUCUCAGAGACAGCAGUCUGAGGAAAGAUGACCAGACUUCCUUCGUACCGGCUGACUUCUCCAGCUCCUCUGGGAGGACCCCAAGGCGUUCCCAGGGUAGCCAAGAGACAAAGGCCAAAUCCAGUCAUCUACGUUAGCACGUAGCUUCCAGGGCUGAGAAAAUACAUCUGAUCGGUUUUAUAACUUCAAAACAUCACCGGGAGUUUGCCUGCGCGCCACAACCCCAGGCCUGGCUCCAGAGUGCCGCCUCAGUGAUGCCAGUCUGGACAAUGAAACUUAGUCUUGUUUGGUACUCAUUAGGGGGUUUCUGAACCUUCAUUUGCCUGGUAGCUUAGCUCCUGGGAUCAUCCAGCUCUCAAACCCCUCCACCACAUUAAGGUGGUGGUUCACAGAGUAGACCAUUACAGUAUGAUCUAGAUUUCCCCAUAAACCCAUAACUCUCAAAGUUAGAGCCAAAGAAAUCAGACGCCAACUUCAGCCUCGUCCGAAUUUUCAGCGAUGGAUUAAAAAAAAGAACUAUUGUCAUCUACAAAUACUAAUAAACGUGCAUCCACCCUUUGAAAAACUUUAUUAUCAGCAUCCUUUUUAAUAUUUUGAAUAAUUUUUGUCCCUUAAAGGCAGUUUUCUUUAUUUCUUCUUCCUUGAAGUCAAAGUCUUUUCUUCUGUUUCCUCACAGGCUCUUUUCUGUCAAAAGAAACAUUCCAGAUACAAUUGUUGUUGUUUUUUUUUACAUCAGUGUGUUAAUUUAAGAUAUUAUUUGGUUUCUUAUGUGAAAAACUUCAUUUAUAAUUCAGAUGAUGGGGUGGAUUGUAUAUAUUUUUUUACUACUGAAGUUUGGAGUCAGGUUUUGUAAUUGCCUAGUUAACCCUGGCGAAACCUCUAAAAAUUGGGCCAUUCAAAAGUCCUGACAAGGUUGGAAAAGAAUUUAGUCUGCCCGGAUAGUAUGCUAGAUAGGUCUAACUUUUAGUCAAUAAACCAGAAAAACGCUGCAGGUGAGAAGCUGCAGGUGAGAAGCUGUUGCAAGAUAGCGUUGACUUUGCAUAGACGUCACUACGAUGAAGGAAGUUAGAAAUCUGUCAAGCAAAAAGAAGGCUAAAGGAACCAAUCAUGGUCGUCUUCCAGCACACCAGUUUUAGUAAAUGCAUAGUGCUUGGAGCUGCUGCACUUCCUAAACUUUUGUGUCAUAAUUUACAAACAAAGCAAAACUGCUAUCUACUGCAACCCAGGGGGAAGGUUGGGACUUUAAGAGAAAAAUCUAUAUGCUGUUACUCCAAACAGAAGAAGAAAAAAGAGAACCUGUUGAUUUGGCUGAUUGGUUGAUCACCAUGAACAAUCCUCUCACAAUGUUGUCAUCACGACAUGGAUCCAUCUUUCUAUUCUUGGCUCUGUGUGUUUUGACCAUCCUGUUCUACAACAAGCAGUGGCUUGAGAGUCAGAAUGAACAAAUCCCCGUUUUCAUGGCGGCUCCCGUCAAACCUGCCCAGGUGAAGAGCUCCCUGCCUACCCAUCAACAGCCCUCAAAGGAAGCUGUUGAGCUGGACUUCCUGAAAAACGUAACUGCUUGGCCUUCAACUCCACCUCUACCACUAAACUUUUCUUGGAAUGACACCAGUGAUCCACGGCACAGCACCGUCACUAUUCUCCCAAAGAGAGGAGGGGGGCAGUGGCAUGCUGGAAAUGAGCUGGAGGUUGUGAUAAAGAUGUAUAAUUUCCACGGUAAGCCAAAGACAUCUGGAGGAGAUUUCCUACUGGCCCGGCUGCACAGUCCCAGUCUUCUGGCAGGUGUGGCAGGAAAAGUGGUGGACCAUCUCAACGGCAGCUACUCGGCUCUAUUCCCUUUACUGUGGGAAGGAAAGGUGCAAGUCCAGGUGAUCCUGGUUCACUCGAGUGAGGCGGUCACUGUGCUCCAGCAACUAAACCGUAUGCAGCCUCACAGAAUUUACUUCCAGAGUCUCUUCCGCUCAGCCUCUCUGACUGAAACCACCACCUGUAACGUUUACAUUAAUGCAAGUCAGCAGCAAGUGUGCAACUACACUGACCUGCACACAGGUGAGCAGUGGUUCUGCUACAAGCCAAAGAAACUGAGCUGUGAUGCCCGGGUCACUCAUGCCAAGGGAGGAUUUAGGAAAAACAUUACACAUCAGGAAGAGAUGCUUUUUCAGAGUGGCGUCAAUAUGAAGGUCUCCAUUCCUCCAUCAACCCAUCCCAACAUAAGUGUGCACCCAAGAGAAGACCAAACCAGGGGGAUCGGUGACAUUGUGAGGACAGAACCUUCUGGUUAUUACUAUCAUGGUGCCUGGAGACCACUAGAUGGAACCAAAGUACACCAGUUCAAUUCCUCCACAGCAGUCAGUCAGUGUCUGAGAGGGAAGGGGCUCCACCUGUUUGGAGACUCCACCAUCAGACAGUGGUUUGAAUACUUCAUCGCAUCAUUUCCAGAUCUCAAGAAUUUUGACCUGCACAGCUCCGAACAAGCUGGACCUCUCAUGGCCUUGGACUACCCAAACAAUAUCUUGGUGACUUACCGCUGCCACGGUCCUCCUAUCCGUUUUGCUAAUAUUCCUGUGACUCAGCUGCGUUACAUUGCCAAUGAACUAGACCACAUAGACGGAGGCCCCAACACUGUCGUAGUCAUUGGUGUCUGGUCGCACUUCAGCAGUUUUCCUGUUGAUGUUUACAUUCGACGUCUACAGAACAUCCGCAAGGCGGUGGUGCGGCUGCUGUCCAGAGCGCCACGUACGCUGGUGGUCAUCCGGACCGCAAACCCCAAAGCUUUGACCGUCUAUGAAACACUGACCAACAGUGACUGGUAUUCUAUACAGGGUGAUAAGCUGCUGCGGGCCGUCUUCAAGGGACUUGAUGUCCAUCUGGUGGAUGCUUGGGACAUGGUCUUGGCCCACCACCUGCCACACAACCUUCACCCACAACCACCCAUCAUCAAAAACAUGAUUGAUGUUCUCCUGUCCUACAUAUGCCCUCCACCAACAGACCAAACCAGGGUAAAUCACUAAAACAGGCAAAACUAGAAGAACUGGGCUGUGAUGUUGAGGAACUCUUGCACUUUAGGACAGAAUACCCUCUACGGUGCAAUAGAACCAAGGCAGGGUUAGAAAUCCAACACAAAGCACUGCGGUGAUUUUAGACCUGUGGAUGCAGCAACGUUUACACAUUACUUAUUGGACAAAGUUGUCCAUGAAGUUUUCAACAACAUACGUUCUAGUUUUUUUCUGAAGGGUUUUGAUGUUUUUUUGUUUUACAAUGAGAUGUCGCUUGUCAACACUGCAUCAACACUUUUAUCACUCAGUCUCUGAGUGCCAAAAGGAUUGUGAGUUGUGAAUCAUGGGAUUUUUACUUUAUUCAGUAAAUUUUUUAACUUAAUGUAUUUCUGUUUUACAAAAGAAGAGAAAAACACACACACCUAAAAGUUUGAACAAAACUUAAUGCAACUAAGAGCACAAUGUUUACACUGUAGAGAAAGUCUGGAUCUUGCAAUGCAUUCUGGUAUCGUAUCACUUUUUUAAACUAUUGCCGUGUAUUUCUUGAAUAUCUCAUGUUUGUGAAAAAUUUGUAUUUCUAUUUCCUUAAAACUGUUUUUAAACAACUUUUAUUUGGUAAUUAUUGUCUUAACUUUGUAUGCAUUUUCUUAUGAAUGUUUUAAGGGGUUUAACUAUUUAUGAUGAAAUAAUAUUUUUAUAACACUGUUUUGAUUGUGUUAGUUUUUGCACUCAUUUCACGUUUUUACAACAAUCUGUAAGGAUGAAGUGAGUUUGAGCAUUGAAUAAGAUGAAGAGCAGAAAGGCACGUGGUCCUGAUGAUUUACCUGUAGAGGUAUGGAAGUGUCUAGGAGAGAUGGCAGUGGAGUUUUUGACUGGGCUGUUCAACAGGAUCUUAGGAUGAGGAGAUGCCUGAGCAAUGGAGAAGUGUGAUGGCACCCAUUUUGAAAUGAACUGAAGCAGGGGGGCUCCAGGAGACCAGUCUCUGCACAAACCUCUAACAAAACAUAUUAAAGGUUUUGGAGAUACAGUCAGAGAGGCCAGACUUAGAUGAUUCGGACAUGUCCAGAGGAGAGACAGUAAAUCUAUUUGUAGAAGGAUGCAGAGUCUAGAGCUGCCAUGUAAGAAGAGGAAGGCCAAAGAGGCUUAUGGAAGCAGUGAAGGAAGACCGAAUAGAAGAGAUGAUGCAGAAAACAGGGUUAGAUGGAGGAAGCUGACUGCAGCAUUAAACAAUUAUUAUUAAAUUAUUAUUAUUAACAUCAGUUUGAAGCACACUUAUCCAAAAUAACUACUGUGACAUGUCCUAUGAAUCCAGUUCAAUCCCACCUGGGGGAACUGAAAAAGAACAUUUCUGUGUGGAGUUUGCAUGUUCCCCCUGUACAUGCGUGGGUUUUCUCCAGGGACUCCCACCAUCCAAGAACAUGCUUCAAGUUACCAGGAUAGGCUCUGGUGACCCUGAAAGGGACAAAACAGAAGAAAAUGAAUGUUUUGCUGUUUUAAUAAAUUGUUGUUGUGAUCUUUAAA